AUGAUCGCUUUGAUUGUCUUCACAUUCUCCGUGACCGCCGUUUUAGCCGGUGAACAAUUGGUAGCAGUACAACAAGAUACCCUAGGAAACUAUGGCCUCAAAUACGCCAUCGACGGUAUCUCCAGAGUUGAACGAGGAGAUCUCCACGGAAACGUAAACGGCGCCUUCUCCUACAUCGACCCAUACGGCAUCGUGAGAAAAACCGAAUUCACCUCCGGCGUCCACGGAUACAACGCCAUCGGUACCGACAUCCCACUUCCAGUCCAGGACACACCCGAAGUAGCCCUCGCUAAAGCCAAUCACCUCUCCGUCCUCCGCGCCGCCUACCUCGCACCCAAACUUCCCCAAUUCCAAGGGCCCGAAGAAGGUUUCAUCGCCGCACCCAUUCCUUUCGCCGCCGCUCCACUCGCCUAUUCGAGAAUCGCCGCUCCCUUAGCAGUCGCCAAGAUCGCCGCACCGAUUCAUUUCGCCCUCCCUGCCCUCUCGACCCAUGUUGGAAUUUCCGAAACACCUGAGGUUCUGGCCGCUCGCGCUCAGCACUUCGCCGCACACGCUGCCGCCCGCAACGCUCACCUCUUCCACUAG